AUGAUAGAAUCAACCAUUUCAGAUGCAAAGUUAUGCAAUAAUCAAUUUUUAGAUUCUAGUUUAUCAUUAAAAAAUUCAACUUGUUCAACAUCAAACAAAAAUAUCUCAUCUUCAUUGUCGCCAGAAUUCAAAGAUGAAAUAAAUCAGGUAGAAUACGAAAUGGAAAAGAAUGGGGAUGCAAAUCAAUUUUACUAUUUUCAAAUGAAAGAAUCUGUGUUGCAUUCAUCUUCAGCGUUAAAUGUUAAUCAAGAUCCGGAUUAUUUACAAAGCAAUAAAUCAAUGUUGAACAAUUAUGACAGAAUCAGAUCUACCGCUGAUUGGACAAAUUAUAUCAAAACCUUACAACCACAUGAUUAUCAAACAUUUUCUGUUGAUGAUUUCACAUCAUUCCAAUAUCAUCAUCAACCUCAUCAUCAUCAUCACCAUCAUCAUCAGCAUCAUCGUCUCAUUUCACAUGAUGAUCACUGUCAACAUCAUUUACACAAUUCUCUUCAGUCGAAUUAUACAUUUCAUCAAAUGGUCCAUAAAUAUGAUGAGUCCAGUAAUGAAAUGAAUCUUCACACUGAUAUUACGGAUAAUUACAAAAUAAACCAUAAUCAUAGUGAAGAGAAUAAUAAUAAUGAUAAUAAUAAUAUUUUAAAUCACACUGAAUGUAGUAGUAACAGUAGUAAUAAUAGUAAAAAUUUGAUUAAAAAAUCUAAAAGAGCACGAACAGCUUAUACACAAAUACAAUUAAUAGAAUUAGAAAAAGAAUUCUGGUAUAGUCAAUAUUUAUGUCGACCACGUAGAAUUGAAAUAGCUUCAACACUUCAAUUAAGUGAGAAACAAAUCAAAGUAUGGUUUCAAAAUCGUCGUAUGAAAUUUAAACGACAAAAACCUGCAGAAAAUUCAUUUCCAUCUACAAGUUAUGAAGAUUUGGAUUCACAAAAUGAAUUCACCAGAUCAGGAUUUCCAACUCGAUGUCAUUAUUCAUUUGAUGAAACUCAUUUAACAGAGAAAAAUCCAACAAUAUGGUUUAAUCAUCAUUCUAAAAGUUUUGUGUAUGAUACUUGUAAAUGUAGCAAUAAUCUUGAGAUAUCUGACAAAUACGAUAAACAACUGUGCUCAUAUAAAUUAAAUGAUACAAGUAUUUCAAUGCAGCAUGACCUAGAAACAAUUACAACAAGUAAUGAUUAUCCAUUAACUGAAUGCCAAUUGAAGGAAAGCAGUGAUUCAUGUAAUAAAUAUCUAAUUAAUAAUAAAUUUUUGCCAACAGAUAGUUAUUCAACAAACUUUAGUGAAAAUAAUAAAGAAAUUCAUUGUGGUGAACAAUUUACUGCAUAUAAUCCAUUGAUAUAUUCAAAACAUUUACAUAUUUUUCAUCAACAACCAAAUUAUUCACAUGAGCAGGAGAACGAUUCAUUUGCCGAGUUGAAUUCUUAUUGUUUACAAGACUUUCCUAAGAACUAUUCACAUCAUUACGAAAAUAAGUUACACGAACUGAACACGACCAGAGAAUCGUCAACCAAAGAUUAUUCAUAUUGA